AUCGAACCAAUCAAAUCAAAAUCAAAUCCAAAGACAACGGGAACAAGCAGAACAAGAACAAGACAAGCAAAAGACAAUGGGAGUUGUACCAGGUUCAAGAGCCUUUUCAUUUGCUUCAAAAUCAACCAAAGAUUCAAACUUAAACUUAUUAUUCAGAACUAUCAAACCAACUCAAUUCUUAACUCCAAUCAGUUCAAACUCUUCGACUACUUCAACUAACACAAGAACUUUAACCACUUCGACUACUCAUUCAAAUCAUUUACCUGCUUUCUUUGAUCCAUCUACUUCAGAUUGUUCUUCUUCUUCUUCACUCUUAUCUUCUUCUCGUCAUCAUCCCGAUUCGACUUCAUUACCUUCUUCACCUUCUUCACCAUCACCAUCAUCUUCAACCACCACUUCACAACCUAAAUCAAAUCCAUCACAACCACCGGUCACAAGACUAUCAACUUCAACCGGUUCUUCACAUGAUUCAAAUCAAACCUCAUCAAACUUAUCAUCUUCAUCUUCUUCUUCAUCUAUCAGAUCAACUAAUCUAUCACAACUAUCACCUUUAAAUUUAUAUGGUCAUCCAAUCACUACUCAUCCAUCAAACCCAUCCAAAUCAAAUCGACCCAAAAAACAUUACUAUUCAUUCACAAACGCAGCUUCUGGUAUACCUAAAACUUCUGCUAAAUCAUUGUUUAAUAAUGAACCCAAUCAAUUCAAAAUCUUAAAUUCUUUAUCAUCGACUCAAUUGACAAAUCCAAAGAAAUCAAGUAGAGAUCAUGAUUGUUUAAGUCAACAGAUUGGUGAAGAUUCUUAUUUUUUAAGAAACGAUUCGUUAGGUGUGGCUGAUGGAGUAGGUGGAUGGAGUGGUAAACCUGGAGCUAAUUCAGCUUGGUUUUCAAAUCAACUAAUGCAUCAUUGUUCAUUUGAAUUAAGUCGAUAUGAAAAUACAGAAGAUGAAGUUUUUGUAGAUCAUCAAUCGAUUGAUCCGGUUGAGAUCUUACAAAUCGCAUAUGAAAAGAGUUUACAUGAAUCUAAACAAGAAGGAAUCAUUGGAUCUACAACAGCUUUGGUGGCCAUCUUGAGAGAUGAUGAAUUAAGGAUCGCUAAUUUAGGAGAUUGUUGUUGCUCGAUUAUUAGAGGAAAUGAUUAUAUUUUUAGGAGUGAAGAACAACAACAUUCGUUUAAUUAUCCGGUUCAAAUCGGAACCAAUUCGAAAUCUACUCCAUUAAAACAUGCUCAAAGAUAUACCAUCAAAGUUCAAAAAGAUGAUAUUGUGAUCUUAAGUUCAGAUGGAUUAGUCGACAAUCUAUUCGACGAAGAUAUUCUAGAAGAAGUAAUCAAAUACAAACCUUGUGUACCAGAAAAGGUUUCUGAAAGCUUAGCACUACGAGCUAAAACUGUUUCAAUUGAUCAGUUUGCAGUUGCUUCUCCUUUUUCUCAAAGAGCUAAUGAAGAAGGAAUCCAUUAUGUUGGUGGAAAGAAUGAUGAUAUUUCUGUUUUGGUGGCUGUGGUUAGAGAUCUUUGAAAAAAGGGGAAUGGAAUUCAGUUUUGGAGUUGAUGUUGAAGUUUGGGGCUUGGGUACUUUUGAUUGGGUUUUUUUUCUUUGGGUGGGUUUUAAUUUUUUUUUCUUGAAUGGUAUAUUUGUAUUCAAAAAAAAUCAUUUGUAAACCAAACAAAAAAAAAUGUCUUUUUGAGGUUUUUGAUUUUUUGUUAGUUGUUUUUUGUAAUACAAUUGGUUUUGAUUUUGUAGAAAAGUUUUUUGUUAAAACAGUUUUAAUCUAUCUAUACAUAUAUCUAUAUCUAUAUACACAACAGUUUUUUUUAGAUUUGUUAUUUUUGGAAUAACGAAAGAAAUUAAGAUUUUUGAACAGUGAU